GUCGUAUGCACUUAUUUUUGUUCGGUUUCCUCGUAGUGUAAAUUAUUAUUGAAUAUGUAAUUAAAACACCGUAUUUACAGUGAAAAAGGCGUUAGCAAAAUGAUUUCCGUUUCCAGGGUUAUAACUAAAGUUCAAUCAUCCAUCAGGAAAUUACCGACUCGCUUUCUGAGUGUUUCCACUCAGCUGCAAUCGGAGGACAUCGUUUACGACCAGAUUCCGGUAAAUCGAAUCCGAAAUUUCAGCAUCAUCGCUCACGUCGAUCAUGGCAAAAGUACUCUGGCCGAUCGUCUGCUGGAGCUGACCGGGACGAUAAAUGCCAAAGCGGGCAACAAGCAAGUUCUGGACAGCCUACAGGUCGAAAAGGAACGCGGCAUCACGGUGAAAGCUCAAACUGCUUCGCUGAUCUACCGGCACCAGGGCCACCGGUUUCUGCUGAACCUGAUCGAUACACCGGGUCAUGUAGAUUUUUCCAAUGAAGUGUCCCGUUCGCUGGCCGCCUGUGAUGGAGUGGUGCUGUUGGUCGAUGCGAAUGAAGGAGUUCAGGCGCAAACGGUUGCGAAUUUCCAUCUGGCACGUUCGAAACAAUUGGUGAUUGUGCCCGUGUUGAACAAAAUAGAUUUGAAAAAUGCUCGACCGGAUGCGGUCACUCAGGAGUUGUUUACCCUGUUCGAAAUUGACCCAGAUGAUGUGCUUAGGAUAUCGGCGAAACACGGAACGGGAUGCGAGGAUGUUUUGAAGGCAAUCAUUGAAAGGCUGCCGGCACCGGAUGCCAACAGAGACGGUGACUUUCGGGCGUUGAUAUUUGAUAGUUGGUUCGAUCGUUAUCGUGGUGCCUUAAAUCUGAUUUAUGUAAAAGAUGGAUCGGUGUCGGUUGGUCAAGAGAUUGCUUCCUGUCAUACGGGAAAGUCUUAUGAGGUGAAAAGUUUGGCGCUUCUUCGGCCGGAUGAAAAACCGCUGGAGCGGUUAGUUGCCGGUCAAGUCGGAUUGCUGGGGUGUAACAUGAGGACUAGUAAGGAAUCUAAUAUAGGUGAUACACUUUAUUUGAAGAAGAACAAAGAAUGCAUUCCAUUGCCUGGAUUUAAACCACAACAACCGAUGGUGUUUGCAGGAGUUUAUCCCGGCGAUCAAUCGCAGCAUCCGUAUUUGAAGAGUGCUAUCGAAAAGCUGGUUCUGAAUGAUUCGGCCGUCACUGUUAAUCCAGAUUCUAGUCCGGCGUUGGGUCAGGGUUGGCGGCUUGGAUUCCUAGGACUUUUGCAUUUGGACGUUUUUAACCAGCGCUUGCAGCAGGAGUAUGAUGCUGAACCCAUUCUGACUGCCCCUUCAGUGACGUACAAAAUUCAUUUAAGGGGGGCUAAGGUUAUAGCUGCUAACGGAGGAAAUGACGUUGUUUACGUUAGCAAUCCGGCUCUCUUUCCGGAAAAGUCUCAGGUUGAGGAAUAUUAUGAACCGUUUGUGCUUGGAACGAUAAUAGCUCCGACGGAGUGUACUGGGCCUAUCAUUGGAUUGUGUGUUGAACGGCGUGCUAUUCAGAAAACUUCGAUUAACAUUGAUAACGAUAGGAUUAUGACAACUUAUCUGAUGCCGUUGAACGAAAUCGUCGUGGAUUUUCACGACCAGCUUAAAUCCAUUAGCUCCGGGUAUGCAAGUUUUGAUUACGAAGAUCAUGGGUACGUGGCGAGUGCUCUGGUUCGGAUGGAUGUUCUCCUAAACGGCACUAUGGUGGACGAACUGUGUACAGUGGUGCACAUCAGUAAAGCCCAUACGCAUGCCCGCGGGCUGGUGCUUAAGUUGAAAGAGCUGAUUCCUAGACAGAUGGUGCAAAUAGCUAUUCAAGCAGUUGUGAACGGAAAGGUGGUUGCCCGUGAAACACUGAAAGCGUACCGCAAGGACGUGACGGCUAAGCUGUACGGCGGUGAUGUUACCAGACGAAUGAAAUUGCUUAAACAGCAGAGUGAGGGUAAGAAAAAAAUGAGAGCCAUAGCAAAUAUCAACGUGCCGAAAGAUACUUUCAUCAACGUUCUGAAACGAUAGCAAACGAGGUAAGUGAAUUCUCCAAGAACAAAAUAGAAGGCGUUUUCGGAUGUAAUUCGCAGUAUAUCUAGCUUUCUUUUAUUUGUGA